GCUUAAUUUGUAUAUUGGAGGGGAGUAUUGCUCGAUUGCCAUCGCAGUUAAAUUAAACUAGCGAUGGGGAAUCAACAUGCAUUAUGUUGCCUAUUUUAAAUAUUUUGUCGACAAAAUGUGGGAUUUCAUGUUUAUCUCACGAAAUAUACUUGUAUCCUGUGUAAAUUUCACUGCAUGGAGUUUGGUCACGCUCAGCUUAUGGAGCAUAGGGAGUUGAACCACUUUCUUAAGAGAGCGCACACACGAAUCAAUAGCAGCAUUCAUUACCCUGCUAUCUGCUGUCAGCCAGUAUCUUAUUUGUAAGCGCUGAGUCAUAUUGGAGGAUCUGAGGCUUGAACUUAUUUUUUCCGGCAACAACGCGGUUUUCUUGGCAGAAACUUUGCACAACAGGAAACAAGUUCACUGUUUAUUAACCUACAUCGUAGCUUGUCAUAAUUCUCAAUUGGCAGGCGAGUGACAAGUGUUACGCUCUCUGAAGACGAAACGUGAGGAGGAGGUGGCGCUGUUAUUUGCCACUUGCCCCACACAUUUCACUUUCCCCGCACUGGAGAGGAAACCGAUUCACAACGAAACUCAACAAAGUAUUUUGAUUGUUCGCAUGUUUUUCCCCCAUCGCGGAUACUGAUUUUGGAUAUUAAAUAAGCUACUGGACCUGACGCCAGAUAAAGUCUGACCACAAGAAUGCGCUUGGCGGGAGCGCACUGUUGGCGAGGUGUCCCUUGCGCCACCAUCGGGAUUUCGUCGUCGUGAUGUUCAACACCUCUGGCUUUGAUCCCACUUACAGUCCGGGAGAAUAUGUGUCGGAAGUUAUCGAUGGCACAGCACUUCAUUUCUACGACCUUACGGGUCCCACGAUUAUGCCAAAUAAGUCGUGCGGGGAAGAACUUCUUGACUUCGGUACAGCGCAAAGAAUUUUCAUUGGGGUGAUGCUUGCUGUUAUUACAGCGGUCACUGUAAUGGGGAACACUCUGGUGGUGAUAGCCGUCUGCGUUGUAAAGAAACUCAGGAAACCUUCGAACUACCUGCUAGUAUCCCUGGCCGUCGCAGACCUCUCUGUAGCUCUUGUAGUGAUGCCCUUUGUGAUAGUGACGGACCUAACUGGGGGCAAGUGGCUUUUUGGGGAGGUGUUCUGCAACAUCUUCAUUGGCAUGGAUGUAAUGUGCUGCACGGCCUCUAUAAUGACCCUGUGCGUGAUCAGCGUGGAUAGAUACCUGGGCAUCACGAGACCUCUGACCUACCCAGCUCGACAGAACGGGCAGCUGAUGGCCAAGAUGAUUCUGGGCGUGUGGCUGGCGUCCGCCUCCAUCACCCUGCCCCCGUUCUGCGGCUGGGCCAAGAAUGUGAACACCGCCGGGCUGUGCCUGAUCAGCCAGGACAUCAGCUACACCAUCUACUCCACCGCUGUAGCCUUUUACAUCCCCAUGGCCGUCAUGCUCAUCAUGUACUACAAGAUCUUUCGGGCCGCCCGCAAGAGCGGCGCCAAGCACCGAUUCGCCGACUUCUCCCGCCGCGAGCACCUGGACACGGUGGCCAGCGAGACCCUGAAGAUGCAGGGCCUGAAGCAGCCGGGCAUGGCCGAGGAGUGCGCCGCCCUGUCGCGGCUGCUGAGCCGUGAGCGCCGCAACAUUUCCAUCUUCAAGCGGGAGCAGAAGGCGGCCACCACGCUGGGGGUGAUCGUGGGCGUUUUCUCCAUCUGCUGGCUGCCCUUCUUCAUCCUGUCCACCGCCCGGCCCUUCAUCUGCGGGGUGGAGUGCAGCUGCGUGCCCAUCUGGCUGGAGCGCAUUUUGCUGUGGCUUGGCUACGCUAAUUCCCUCAUGAAUCCCUUCAUCUACGCCUUCUUUAACCGAGACCUGCGCUCCACUUACAAGGACCUGCUGCGAUGCCGCUACCGCAACAUCAACCGCCGACUCUCUGCCGUGGGCGUGCACGAGGCCCUCAAGAUAUAUGCCACGGCUGCUUAUGACAUCACAGAGCCUCAUUCUGUGGCCGGGGCGGAGAGAUCUGAGGCCAGGGUCCUGGUUCCCCAGGCAAGCGACGCUGCAGGAACACAGAUCCGACUGGCGCUUAACAUUUGCUCAUGUUGAUGAAGAUACAGAUACAUCAGCCGCAGGAAGUAGUUAAUUUUUUGUCCUGAGCUGCUGAGAGGUGCAUUCCUGGCAUCUCAUCUGCGAUGGAGGAACAAGGAGAGAGGUGCCACUCAACCAACCAGUGGCACUGGAUUAAGAAGCAACUGGGUCAUUAUUAUGUAUCUGGGUGUAAAGCAGAUUAAGACUCAAUCAUCAUCUUUCCCCCCACCGCAUUUAAGAAUGCCAUGUUUCCAGAGCCUCUAACACAGUUCAGAGGCUGAGUCAGUUUUUGGAAAGACCAAGCAUACAGGGCCACUCAGUGAAGGAUCUGGAUUUCCUCUGGGUUAUUCCCUCACAGGAACCCUUAAAAACAGCACGGCCAAGUGUUUAGAGAAUCAUAUAUCAUAGAAUGGAAAUCUUAAUGUUCUACUAUUCUUACUAUUAUUAUGGGUUGAAAGCAUGAAGGGUUCAGAACAGUAGGUUAAAGACAGAUAGCGGAGCUGAACUUUUUGAACAUUCAACUAGGAGAAGAAAACAUUUUUUUUCUGAGAGUUAUCACUUUUCUUAUUCAUUCCACACUUUUAAUAUUUCAUGGGUUCCACAGGCAAAAAAAAAAAAACAUUCCUAUAGCAUGCAGCUUUCAACCAAAUUAUGCAUUAUUCCAAUGUAUAAAAUCAAUUUAUGUGACUAUUUACAAAGAAAAUCAAAAUAGAAUGAGUCCGUCAGUACGACAGUAGUGACCAGGAAAAUAAGUUAGUGUAAACGAAACUAAAAUACAAAUGCAUGUGAAACAGCCACACAAAAAAGAUACAAACAUAAUAAGGGAACUGAAUCUUGGUUGUGACUGUACGCCUCUGCAGUGUACAUAAUAAGAACUGCCACGGUCUACGGUUUGUCACAAUACAACAAAAGCUACUACACAUUGACCAGAUGCAAUGUUUUUCUCUCCUAUUUGUACAACGGAAAUUGCUAUAUUGAGGCUUUUUAUUGACCGAUAUAUGCUAGGAAUAAAAUCACUUGUUUUUUUCUCAAACUCCACUCUUGGAUAGCCGCAGUCUGGUUUUUGCUAUUUUUGGCUGGACUGCAACAGCGGGGCCAGCCCUACAAAUGUCUGUGACUGACUGAGUGUUGAAGUUACACCACUGGUCGGCCGAGUUAUGAAGUUACACCAUUGGUCGGCCGGAGAGGUCCAGCCAUAUAAUAGGUUUUGACCUGGUCUUGUUUUUCCAUCAGCUGCCCAUUUAGGCCUUGGAAACAAGGCAUGCAGAUGUUUUAGCUAAUAGAUGACUUAAGCAUUUAAGUUUAUAACCAUAUCAAAAAAUAGCACCGACAGCAGCCCUGCAAGAUUUAAGUUUGAGAUCCCUGCUGUACAGGUGUGAAAGAAACAUGGUGUCAUCGUUUCAUAGAAUUCAAAUUAAAGGGACCAGUUAUCUAGCUGCAGCUCCUAGUUGUGUCUCAUCUACAAUACAACAGUAAUAAUUAUUAUGAACUUUACUUGGCCUUUAUCCAUUAAAACAAGGGUGUCAAACUUGAGUCCAGGAGAGCUACAGUGUCCGCGGCAUUAGUGGUUUCCUUUUAGUCGGUAGCCAAUUAAGGCCUUCAGAACAAGGCGUGUGGACUCUUUAGCCAAUUAAUGACAAAAAAGCAAUCGCUCAUACUGCAACACACUGACAUGACGGCCCUCCAGGAAUGGAGUUUGACACGCCUCCAUUAAAAAAACUAAAAUAACAUAGCACCUCUGAAGCACUAGAAUCCUAAAUAUUAAAAACUUCCGGUCCUCUUUUUCUCAUAAAUAGUAGUCGGUUGAUUUACAUCGCUGUGUUAACGUCAUUUCUAUUAAGACUGGCGCACGACUGGAAAGCACAAUCAAAUUAUCUUAAAAAUGGAACAGCAACAAGGAUCCAGUAAUUUUUAGAGUUCAUCAUUUCCAGUAGCACAGUGUGACAGUUUGCAGAAUAUAUUGUUGAAUGCCAAGGAAAUUCAUCACACUGACAUUGUAAGUUGGAAUCAAAGCUACAGGGGAAAUUUUU